UUUUUAGUGAGUGUUGCAACGUUCCGAGGAUCAGUAUCCUUUUGGCAUCCCGUGAGCGCGGUCGUCAGCCGCUCUCUACCUUCCUCGAAUGAACACUAAAAACUAAACCAAGAUUAUUCUGAUAACGAACUGAAACGCGAAACGUUUGUUAAGUUUUUGUUGAAUUAAAAGUACGUGCAAUAAUUGUUAAAAAAUAUUUCGUACUUGAACCAAAGUUAUAACUAUUUGUGUUGUGAAAAAAUAAAAACAAAACCUUUGCUGAACUAAUAUCAGCUGCAAAAUUUGGAUUAUUACUGCUUCUUUUGGAUAUAUACAAAUUAAAAUCGUUACACAAAAUGGAUUACAAACACGAUAUUAAUUCUGAUGAUGAUUUCGACUGCUCCAAUGGCUAUAGCGAUAGCUAUGGCAGCAACGGUCGCCAGGUCAAUCCUAACGGAUUGUCCAAGGCGGAGUUGAGAAAGACCAACAAACCCAUUAUGGAGAAACGUCGUCGGGCUCGCAUUAAUCACUGCCUCAACGAACUCAAGUCCCUGAUCCUGGAGGCCAUGAAAAAAGACCCGGCACGUCAUACCAAACUGGAGAAGGCCGACAUACUUGAGAUGACGGUGAAGCAUCUACAGUCGGUGCAGCGCCAGCAGCUGAACAUGGCCAUCCAGUCGGAUCCCGGUGUGGUGCAGAAAUUCAAGACGGGCUUCGUGGAGUGCGCCGAGGAGGUGAAUCGCUAUGUCAGCCAGCUAGAUGGGAUCGAUUCGGGUGUACGUCAGCGCCUUAGUGCCCAUCUGAACAACUGUGCCAAUAGUCUGGAGCAGAUUGGAUCGAUGAGCAACUUCAGCAAUGGCUAUCGGGGUGGAGUAUUUCCUGGAGCCACCACCGCAGCAGUCACGGCUGCUCCUGCUCCACUGUUUCCCUCACUGCCGCAGGAUCUGAAUAACAACAGCCGCACAGAGACCUCGGCUCCGGCCAUUCAAAUGGGCGGACUUCAGCUGAUACCCUCUCGUCUGCCAUCCGGGGAAUUUGCUCUGAUCAUGCCCAAUACUGGGGGAUCCUCUGCCCCUCCGCCAGGACCCUUUGCUUGGCCUGGCACACCCGCAGGAGUGGCAGCCGGAACAGCCAGCGCCGCCUUGGCCAGCAUUGCCAAUCCCACGCAUCUGAGUGACUAUACACAGAGCUUCCGGAUGAGCGCCUUCAGCAAGCCGGCAGCUAGUCAGGCUCCUCUAGCCAAUCCCAUGCACAACCAGCUUCCCGGACAGACACAGCUACCAACAAAGAACAACUCCAGCAGUCCGCCCCUGAGUCCCAUCUCCUCCAUUUCCAGCCAGGAGGAGGAGUCUUCGCGGACUGCUUCCCCCACUGUGGACGUGCUGACCAAGCACAGCUUUGCCGGGGUAUUCUCCACGCCGCCACCCACCAGUGCAGAGACCUCGUUCAACACCAGCGGAUCCCUGAACCUGAGUGCCGGGAGCCAUGACAGCAGCGGAUGCUCGCGAUCGCUGGUCCACUUGCAGCAGCAGCAAGUGAGCUCCACCAGCGGUGGCAUCGCUAAGCGGGAACGAGAGGCCGAGGCCGAUUCCAGCGACUGCUCCUUGGAUGAGCAGACGUCUUCGAAGAAGUUCCUUGCCGGUGCCAUUGAGAAGUCUGCCUCCGCCUGGAGGCCCUGGUAGAAGUUGCAACUCUCUCCCUCUCUCACUAUGUUAAGUUUAUUCCCAAUUGUUAAUUUAUUUCAUUGCAAUUUUUUCAAAGAUUCAACUCAAAAUGCUUUAGAACCUACCCCAAAACCCCAUUAAGUUUCAACGAAUUCUAUAUGUUCUUAAUGUUCUUCUUAAUUUUUCUUCAUUUUUAAGUUCAGCUGUGAUUUUGUAUAUUUUUUGUGUAAUUCUCAUUUAAGCAUUUUUUAUACGCCUAUUAUGUAGUUCAUUAAUGAUGUUCUUGUGCGAUGUUUCUUUAUAAAAAAAAAUAUUUAAUUGACUAUAAAAUAUGCUCUGUUUAAGUUAUGUAGAUUUCCCUGUAUAGUGUGUGUUUAGUUUUAAGUCUUUCACGUUUCUAUUUUAGUGUUUUAUUUGUAAUAGAUUGUAAUUUUAAUGUUUAAAAGAAUUCA